ACAGAUUGGGCUGUCUGGAUAACAUAUGAUCUUUGAGAGUCAAACUUUGAUUGAUUUUCUUGUGAAAAAGCUUAACAAAUCUCGCUUAAAUCCUUUACAACAAUGGCUUAAUGUACCGACAAUGUCUCCGCGAUGUCCGACUCAAAAAUCGUUGAAAUCGAACGAAAUGUUGGCGGGAGUUUUGGGUUCAGUGUCAUCGGCGGUGUGGACACUGAGCUACCACCGAUGGUCUGUGCUCUGGUUCACAACGGUUCGGCCCAAUUGAGUGGCAAGGUAUGUCGUUUUAAACUUUGUACAGCCUCAUGAAAACACCCUUGUUGUCUGCCUGUACAUAUUUCGUAUUUUAGUGGCGACGUUUUUAUAUAUAUGGAGCCGAAUUCGAGACCAUUUCGGAUUAAAUUUGUACGACCCCCAUAUGGAAGUUAGCUGUGUUAUAAGAAAUGCCUCGUUCAUUAAAGAUCCCUUUUAUUUUUCUCCCAACUCACGAAUUCGAGUUGUUUUGAAUAAAUAAAACGAGAUUUACAAAGAGCGAAGCAUUUUCAAUUUAUCGGCCAAAUUUGUUUGGUAUUUUCGUAAUGUUUUUGCCCAUAAUUGGACAUUCAUUCAUCUUUCAACAGCAAGCUUGUAAUAUUAUAUUCGAUGUUUAUUUUGUGGACAUUUCGACUAAAUUUUUAGUCUUUAUCAUUGCCGUAUGGCAAAUUUCAUAUCAAUUUUUUGUCCUAAAGUGUAUUCUUAGCUUUAAAUAACAAGAAAUUAUGGAAUAUUUUAUGUAAAAUUUGACUAAAUAGCCAGACACUUCCUUGCUAAGUUAUACAAUAUAAAGAGGUCAAGUGUCAUAUUUUAACCGUGGGUGGUUUUGCUUGACAACAAUAUAUUAAUAUUCGAGCUCAGUCGUUUCGUAUAGCGUGUCUAAAACAAGUUUUCUGUUCCAUGAUCGACUAUAUUUCACAAACUAAAUUGAUUUUGAGUGUAGAUUAUCAUACUAAUUGAUUAUUGAUGUCGAAUUUAACAAAUUAAUCGCUUGUUUAAGGUCAAUUGAGCUUGAAUAACAAAGUUAAAGAUCAUUUUAAGCUAAUUAUGUAUUUUACGCUAGUAUUGUUGUUAUAAUGCAAUGGCAUUUUUUAAAGAAAUUUUUUUAUCACUUAAUAUUUGGGAUGGUUUUUGAAUGCAAUAUAAUUAUAUACUUAUAUACAAAGUUUUGCAAUUUAUGCAUAUUAGGUUGUUUCAAAAAACAUCCCAUCUCCCACACAGAGGAAAUAGGAAAUUGACCCUCAUUUCUGCUUUGGGAUUGUUUGGGUAAUUUAGGAAAUUUUACUAUAAUAUACUUGAGUAGAAUUUUUCCUGUGAGAUAAGAUUUUAUUUCUCUGCACAUUUUCAAUUGGGACUAGUAUAUUGUCAGUUUUCAAACCUUUCUCUCUUAGAUAUACAGUACGGUCCGUUCUGGGCAUGCAAACGAUUUAACUAGGUUGUGUGUGAUUGCAAAUCCUGAUUGUGCUACAUUUAUAUAAUUGUUUAUAAAAUACUUUUCACUGUAACACAGAAUAUUUUGUGUAUAAUUAAUUGAUAUUUAAUUAAUUGCUUUUUAUCUGAUCAUUUUAUCAAAUGUAAUCAUCAUUAAUUUAGAUAUUUUAUCAAUUUGUAAAUUAGUGUAAAACACUUAGAACAGUUUUGGUAUAGCUGCUAUAUAAAUCUUAGUAUUAUUAAAUGUUACUAUUAUUUGUUAUCUGGCUACCAAAAAUGUAAACAAAGCUUACAUUUGUUUUAUAUAUACUGUAUGACUCACAGCAGCUAUUGGGUUUCUUUCUCGUUCAAACUGUCAUACAUUUGCCAACAAUCGAUUAACGUACAUCACUCAAUCUUAACUUCUAUAACUUAAUUUUCAGUCAUAUUUAUACUACCUUACUGUCAUUCCCACGGGAACUUUUUCCCAGAGCAUGGAUGACACACAUUAUGCACAAAAACUUCCUCUAUACUGUAUAUAAACCCUUAUACUGUAUAUCCUGGCAUAUUUACUCCUCCCUAUGUUAUUAAGGCUUUAAGGCGAGACUUUUUUUAUUUAUUGGUUUACGGAUUUUACUUGAAAAAAAAACAGGUCAGUAGGUUGGAAAAAAAUUUAAAAAACAUUGUUUUUCAAGAUUGUCACAGCGAUAACAUGAACUAGUAGUAUUUAGAGUCAAAGUUUAGUUGGCAUGUACUUCAUGUCAGAACCCCAAAUUAACUAAAAUUAACUAAAAUUGUGUUCUGAAUAUUUACGGUCGGCAGAUCCGUAAACCAAUGAAUAAAAAAGUCUUGCCUAAGUUAUGUACUAUUUAAAACACAAGAAGGAGUGUUUUAUCACAUUUAUUGUGUUUUAUUAUAUUCAUGUUUUAGUGUUUUAUCACAUGACAUAUUAUGGCUGACAAGGUUUAUGAAUUUUUAAUGAGUAUUUUAAGCUUAUAAAGAGUCCCGAGUUGUGACAUUUGACUGACAUCAGAUACUUUUUCUAACUAAAGACAGUCAAUUAAUCAUGUCGAUUAGCAUUGUUGUUUAAAUUAAUGUACUGUACUGUACUGUACUGUACAACUAUAACUAUCAAUUCUAAUUGUUUACAUUUUUUAUCAGUACAAAAGAAAACAGAUUGUAUAAAUUGCGUAUGUUGUGGCUUCAUUGGUAUGCAUUGUACAGAAUUGUUUAUUGCUUGCUAUAUUGCUAACUUUAGCUUAAGUUUUAUUCGAUCACUAUUGAAUAGUCAUUAUUUAAUAUGAUAAUUAUGUUAUAUGGGUGUGAUUGCAUGCUUACCACUUGCUCCUACAGUGAACAAUGCUAACACUGAAAUGAAAAAUUGUAUACCAAGAUAAGCUCUGCAUUAGGCUGAUGUGAUAUUGAAAAAAACGAUAUAUCAACAUUGAAGAAAAAAAUUCAAGUGGCAAAUAAUGUCUGGUUUAUAUUAUAGUGUGUAGUGUUUGUCUCAUAAACAUCAGAGUUUGUCUAUGGGGAUAGUAUUUUGGAAUGAAUUAAAGCAUAAUACACCUGAGUUAUCUUAUAAUAAUAGAAUAAGUGUGUCACAGUGUCAAAGGGGGGUGUGGAGGGGUUCAUUCACUCAUCACAGACUUGGCAAUAGUGAUUGACAGAUUGUGCAACAAUCAGAAAUUACCGAUUAUUCAUGCCACAAUGGCACAAUCUUGCAGAUACCGACGCCGAAUUUAUAAUGACGUCAUAGUAUCAGUCCACUGGGUAAAGAUAACGUCGCUUCACACAUUAAUUUAACGUAUUGCAUUAAAACGCAAUGUGUAUCAACGUGCAAUGCAUAUAAAUUUUAAAGUGGGUGUUUUCUCAAGAAUCGUUUUUAUAGACAAUCGGAAAUAUAUUGUAGAUAUUCUACUGUUUCCCAUUGUCAAACAAUAAGGCAAAUAUCAGCCCGAUUAUAGGUCAAUCACUACUCCUGAAAUGUCUGUUUUACUUGAAGUUGGCAAAUUGUUUUCAGAUUUAUUGGCAAAUUGUUUUCAUAGUCAGCAAAAAUAAUUGAGUGGCUCAGAUAAAAAGUAAUAGUUAUGGCAAAAAUUUUGCUAAAUUUACGAAAAUUACAGAAAAAGUUAACAAAUUCCAACAUUAAUGGGAAAGUUUGUGAAAAAUAGUAUGUUCGGAAAAAUGUUCGACCCCCCAGCUUUGGGAAAAAUAUUAAUUUGCGACUGAAAUGUUGUCGGCAAAUGCAAUACUACGUACAACCCCCACCCUCCUUCUUUAGCCUCUUCGCCAUGCCCCUGCACAGUGUACAUGUCCUACUAAGCCUGAAUAAUGUGAAUUUAAUAAGUCACCAAGAAGUUAGAUAUUCCAUCCAUAAAAUGAAAAAUUCUUAUUUUGUGGCUGUCAUAUUAGUCACAAUAAGUAAGUCGCUAUAUCUGAGGUGCCAAAUAUAAUUAUUAAAAUUUAAAUAUGUCAAUUUCAUUAUCUUCCCAGGGGAUUCCUUCUGCAAAGCAAGUUUGCCUUUUGCAAAAUCAGAAGUGGCAGAAAACACUCGUUUUAACCUAAUAUUGUGUGACUUGAUCAUGUGAAUUGCAAUGGACCCAAACACGCCCCUACUUUGCUAUUUUACUCUGUCUAACACCAUGGGAAAGUGCUGGCAUUCAAAUGAGUGAAAGCACUCUUCCCUUGACAAGUAAAACUGUCUGGCAUUAAACAGAGUAAAACGAUAAAGUAGGGCGCACCAGGGUACAUUGUUAUUUGACACUUUAUUUAUUCACUUAAAGGGUUAAUUUGUCAUGUUGAUUACAGAUCAUAUUUUCCAAAUCUAGAUUCAUGUUGGUGAUGUGUUGGUUGAAGUCAAUGAUGAAUGUGUUAGCAGACUGCCUGCCAAGAAAGGUACAAUACUACACACAUGCUUACACUAUAAGGGUUGUCUGUUACAUAUGUACAAUGCCAUAAGUCCAUAACCAAGGCCUUUUUGACAAGAGUGAACAAAUGGAUGCAGACACAUUUUUGUGUGCUUCUGCAGAGCUCAUUAAUCCAUUGAGUGUUAGCACUCUAGCCUUGACUAGGAAAAUUGUCUGACAUUGAGCAGAGUAAAAUAAUAAAUGAGGGUGUAUCAGGGAUUCAGCAUGCAUUGCCACUUAACCCAUUGAGCUGGCGUGCCCUUCCCUUGACAAGUAAAAUUGUCUGACGUUAGACAGAAUAAAAUAGACACGUGGGCAGAUACACUGUAGUCUGAUUAACUCAUUGAGUGCCAGCACUCUCCUCUUCACAAGUAAAAUCAUUUGGUGUUAGACAGAGUAAAAUAAUAAGGUUGGGUGCAUUAGGGUGCAAUGUACAUAACUUAAUGGGUAAUAAAGGGUUAAUACUAUCAGGCAGAUUUAAAAAACACGACGUGACGUCUAAGGUGACGUGAAAAUGAGAUAUGCACCUCAUUGGCUCAUUUGGUUUUAAAUUUGACACUUCCCAUUUUUGUUUUGUUGUCUCCUGAUCUCCUUUCAAGCUGUGAUGAUAUUUGUCUAGACUUGUUUAGAUCAAAAUUUAGUCUAUAAUGCAAAUGGUCCAUUCCAACUGGAAUUUGAGCCAAUUUCCAAUUGGAAGGAGUUUUUCUGUUGGAAGUUCAAUGGAUCACAAUAGGAAAUUUAAAUUUCUAUUGGAAUUUCAAUUAGUUUGAAUGUCAGAAUUUUAAAAAGUGCCUGCACAAAUUCAAAAGGUGCCUGCAAGGGUGGUCGCAUGCUUGCACAUUUUACUGAUGCCUGCGCUUCUGCAUUUGUCUGGUCUUCUGUGAACAUAGUAUAUCUGUACACUCAACAUCAUGUGUAGAGGAAAAUUAAAGUUUUGCAGUGUAAGCAUGGGCCAAUUAAUUAAAUUAAAGCCAAUUUAUUUUUCUAGUUGUGGAAUCUCUCAAACUCUCUCCAGACACAUUAAAACUGAGACUAAGGAAAGGUAACAUACAAUAAUACUCACAACUUUUUCAAUGCAGGAAUUUCAAUCCAGUUCUGGUAGGCAGGAUGUUCAUUGAUCCUUGGUCAUGGUUUGGGGUG